AUGGCGGGGCAGACGACCGGCAACCAGCCCUUCAAUCCCUAUCUCUCCAACGCUCAACAGGAGCUCCUUCUUGCCGCAUUGGCAUCCAACAACCCUUCCGGCAAUCGCGAAAAGAAUAAGCCCUCCGCCGAUAUGAAUGCUCUCGAGUUUGAAGACACAAGCCCUUAUCUGGACUACCUGGAUGGUGACACCAGCUUCGACUUCGAUGCUUCCGAUCUAGGAGGCCAACACAUGUUCGACAACAUGGGUAGCAAUGCUAGCAACAAGUCCGACUCGACCGAUGGUGGUGACAAGCCCGACAAGCGCAAGAGUCCUGAGGAAGAUUCGCUGGAUGACGAGAACGACGCCAAGAGAAGAGAAGGCGAGCCAAAGGAGGCCAAGAAGCCUGGCAGGAAACCCCUCACGUCAGAGCCGACCACUAAACGCAAAGCCCAGAACAGAGCUGCCCAGCGUGCUUUCAGAGAGCGCAAGGAGAAGCAUCUCAAAGACCUCGAGACAAAGGUCGAUGCUCUCAGCAAAGCUCAAGAACAGGACAAGCACGAAAACGGUGUCCUCCGUGCGCAGGUCCAGCGUCUCCAGGCCGAACUCGGCGAGUACAAGAAGAGAAUGUCAUACUCCAGCGGAGGCAUUGCUUCGCACUCACCCCCUUCUGCCGCCCGUGGAGUUUCAAGGAGUAACAGCAACUCUCAGACCGACUUCCAGUUCGACUUCCCCAAGUUUGGUGCUCUUCCCGGUAACCAAUUGUUCGGAAACAACGUCCAAUCAAGCCGUGAAAAGACUGUCAGUCCACCUGCCGGACAACAUGCCAGUCUACCAAGAUCGAACAGCAUGGCCAGGAACCCAAGUCCUGGAACUCACAUGAGCAACCAUCCGCUAAGCCCGGGCAAUAAUUCCAGGAGCGGCAGCAUGAACAAGGGAACCAAUAGUCCCCUUGCUCAAAUUUCGGCUACUGGCACUACCUAUGCCGAUCUCUUCAGCCCUUCGACGCUCGGAAACCUCAACUCGGCCGACUUCCUUAUGCAAAACAACAACAACAACAACAACACCGAUGCUCGCGCUUUUGCUCAGUACGCUGACAACGGCACUGACAGCACGAGUGGUAUCUCUAGAGUCUUCAGAUUUAACAGUGGCUCUGGCUCAGGUUCUGGCACCAACUCUAACCAAUCACCCUCUGUGCCUUCCCUCACGCAUUACAACACCAACUCUUGCAAUACCUCGUCUUGUGGAACUUCGCCCGAAUCUGCAAAUUCUCCUCCCUCCGACGUAAACAAAACUGGUGUGAAUGACUUCAACGACAUCUACUCGCUCAAGCCAGUCAACUCCAACAACACUCAAAAAUCCGCUCAGAACGGCGGACUUACCAACGCUUCUACUCCUGGCUUCGACUGGCUUGCCACACAGAACGGCGGUCAGUUCGAUCCUGUUCUGUUUGGUGACUAUCGUGAGAGUCAAGAUGCCAUUGUUGGCGACGGUGACUUUAACAGUGGCUUCUUCGAGGCUGCAUUCCCCUACGACUUGAACACGCCAUUCGCCAUGAAUGACUUCUCUUCCCCUAAAUCUGCACAACAGACUUCGGCGAGUGCAAACUUGCUGGCAGAGGUCGAGAAGUGUCGCGAAGGUGGAGACGAUGAUAUGUACUUGCCUCAGCAGGCACCUACCCAGCAGAGCCAGCAACAAAUCAACGAAAUGAGCCUGAAGGCUGCCGAGAAGAUGCUCAAUUGCAACACGAUAUGGUCGCAACUACAAUCAAACCAGGACUUCAAGGAGGGCAAGUUCGACCUUGACAAUCUUUGUGCCGAGCUUCGCGCCAAAGCCAAGUGUUCCGAGUCUGGCGUCACUGUACCAUCCGAAUACGUGGAUGCCGCUUUUAAGAAGCUGUCAGGCACUAAUGAACAGCCUCCUCUCGACGACUAUCAUGCUACGCAUACUACAAAGGGUAUUGAUUAUCUCUUCAACCAAUACUCCGUUGAUGAGGCGCUUAAGAAGCUGGCGGGUCAAUAA